AUGAAUCAAAUAGAAGCAAGAUAUUUUAAAAGCACAAUCUCAAAGCAGGCCACAAUGGGUAAAAAGGUCAAAAUAGGAAAACAGCGUCGUGAUAAGUACUAUAAGUUAGCUAAAGAAGCCGGAUUUCGUUCCCGUGCCGCUUUCAAGUUAAUCCAGUUAAAUAAAAGAUUCGAAUUCUUGCAAAAUGCUAGAGCAACAGUCGAUCUUUGUGCUGCUCCUGGAGGAUGGAUGCAAGUCGCCGCUCAAAACAUGCCUGUUUCCAGCCUUGUCAUAGGAGUUGAUUUGGUGCCAAUAAAACCGAUUGCUAACUGUAUCGCCUUACAAGGUGAUAUAACAACGGAGAAGACCCGACAGGCCAUAAAGAAGGAGUUACAGCGCUGGGAGGCUGACUGCGUACUUCACGAUGGUGCUCCCAAUGUUGGUCUGAACUGGGCGCAUGACGCCUUCCAACAGAACUGUCUCGUUUUGUCGGCACUGAGAUUAGCCACGCAAAUACUUCGCAAGAACGGUACAUUCGUCACUAAAGUGUUCCGCUCGAACGAUUACUCGUGUUUGAUUGCGACUUUUGAGAAAUUGUUCAAAAAAGUACAUGUGUGGAAGCCCGCUGCUUCACGUUUGGAGUCUGCUGAGAUUUUUGUGGUUUGCGAGAAAUAUUUGAAACCACCAAAGGUCGCGCCAGAGCUUCUCGAUCACAAGAAAGUGUUUUCGGAACCCGAUGGUCAUGAGGCGCAGAAACAAAAUCCCCAGACUCUUCUCGUUGGAAAGAAGGAAAAGAAGGCUAGGGCUGAAGGAUACGAAGAGGGAAUGCUCUCCGUGUAUAAGAAAGUUGAUGCCACUACGUUUAUUCAGACUCAUGAGUACUUGGAGUUGCUGGGUGGCGCCAGUGAGAUUGUUCUGGAUCAGGAUAAGUGGAAAAACGCACCAGAAACAACAGAAGAGAUUCGUGAAUAUUUGAAAGAUCUGAAAGUUUGCGGUCCACGUGAACUCCGAAAACUGUUAAAAUGGAGAAAAUCAAUGAGGGCAAUACUUGAGCAGGAGCUCAAAGCUCUUGAAGAAGAACUUGGUGAAGAGGCCCAGCCUGAAGUGGAGUUGAAUGAAGACGAACUCGAAGACAAAGAGAUGGCAGAGAUUGAUGAGAUGAUUGCACGAGCAACGGAGGAGGAACGAGCAGCACUGAAGAAACGAAAGAAGAAGUUACUGAAAGCGAAGGCAAAGAUUGUAAGACGACGUCAGCUGAAGAUGAUCAUAGAAGGAGAUCACGCUGAUCAGGUUGAAGACAUUGAGCUCUUCAGCUUGAAAAAGAUCCGCAGAGCUCGAGAAAUAAACCAGCUGACCUCUGACACAGUUCAAACACCAGAACUAAGACCCGACAAGGAUGACGAGGAAGGGCUAGGCGAAGGAGAAUGGGAGACCAGAGGUGGAGAUAAGUCUGACGAGGAGAACGAAGAUUCUGAUGGCGGAGUGCAAGAGGAAUCCAGUGACGAAAGUGACAAUGAACUAAUCAACACUGAAGAAAGCGGGAUGAGCAAGAUACAGAAGAAAGAUAGCAGGGCUGAUAAGUGGUUCAGUAAGGAAGAGAUCGCUGGCUUGUUGUCUGACGAAGACGAUGAUGACGAAUUGGAUGUCAUAGAGAAGCACAUGAAGCGACAGAGCAAGAAUAUACAUGCUAAUACAGUGAGCUUUGACGAUGAGAAAUUGUCUGCCAAGAAGAAGAAAAUGCGCGAUGAUGCCGAUGGAUUCGACAAGAAAGAUGAGGAAGAAGCGAGGGUGAAGAUGAAGAAACCGAUGAUGAGGAAGUGGCUGAUGGGAACGACACUCAGCCUAAUUCGAAAUUCGUAG